GUCAAGUACCUUGCUAGCUGUUUUCAAUCGUCGUCAUUAUUAAAUAUAAUAUCUGCAUUGAUAUUCAUAGUCACGCAAGACCAUCCGAUAGCUCGCAGACGUGAAGACAAUCGUGUUAGACGUUUGUCUAGGAGUCCGAGGAACAACUACGUUUGUUGGAACGCCACUAAAGGAACAGUUGUCGAUCGACUAAUACGAGGACGUCAUUAUUGUACGGCCGACCAAAAAGGGGUGCGGAUACAGGACACAAUAGAAUUGCAUCAUCGAGUUUUGGAUUACUGCAGGAUACGGAAGCUCUCCGGAUUACAGCCCAAGCAAAACGACCUGGGAAUUUCGUUGCAUCACAAUUAAUAUAAUAUUACAUGUGGAUAUUAUCGUGCGAGUAAACGAACGAAAAAAAAAAAACUAGAAAAUGAACGUUUACGCUUCGUUCGUGUUUGAAAAAGACGAACUGGAAUACAACGGGACCUUAACUCAUCAGAUGAUUACAUUCUCGAAAGACAUAGACCCCGCGUUAGUAACGUAUAUGAAGAUAGAGAAGAUGACCAUCCGCGAGCUCGUCAAGGCCAUAAAAAAACGGUUGUGCGGCAACUUCAGAGUGUACAAGUUUAUGAAAUACGAAGUGGGCACGAGUAUGCUGCUGUACGCCAUUCCCACGGUGAAGGUCGACGACACAGAUCAGGGCCAGUUUAAGUUGGUGUCCAGCCACGAGGGGCUGAAGAUAGUUUUGCUGGAGGCCUUGGCGGACUUGAAGUGCGCGUACACCCAAAUCUCGCCGGACUUUGUAUUGACCGACGAAGACCCGCUGAAAAACUGGUCGUUGACCGCGACCACGUACUCCGAUACCCAAGAGCUGAGAGUGAUUAAUGGCCUGCAGCGCAUCGACUAUUGUACUGCGACUCUGAACACGGUGAUGGUGCACAUCAAAAACGUCCAGCUGUCCAAAAUACUGUACGUGAUCAUGCACACGAGUACAGCGGGACCGAACAUGGUGCGUGACAACAGGUGGUCAAGGAUCCUGAACAGCAAACGGGUCUGCGACACAUUUAGAAUGCCCAGGACGAGUAAGACGUCUCGGAAAAUCCUGCGGGACGUUCAGUUGGCGGUAAGCGACCCGAAAAUGACUCCGAGCGAGCUGUGGAACUUGGCCAUGGAUUACAUAGAUGGAUUAUUAUAGCGUUUAUCGGUCUUUCAAACCGAGCGGCCUGGGUUUGUGUUAGUGUGUUUAUUAGUGUGCGUGUUUGUGAGUGUGUGUGUGCAUGUUUAUUAUUACACAUACCAUCAUGGAAUGCCUACUAAUCACAGGCCAUCAACAUAUUAUAAUCGGCGAAACAACAAAUUCAUGAAUAUCUUCUAAUGAUUGAAAUUAAUAUUUAUAUUACACAGAAUUAACCUAUUAUAAUCGAUAUUAUAGUCGGUUUACCAUAAAAACAAGCAUGUAGAGUUCGAAUGUUGUAACAAAAAUAAAAAUAAAUCCAAUAAAAUUGAAUUCAUAAUUUUUGUGAGAGUAUAACAUCCACAGUUAUUUGGUCCUAAUUUUUGAAUAAAUUGAAACAAUACAAAUAAAAAUAUACAAUUUUAAAUAUCGAUUUGAUAAAAUAUUUUUUGAGGAGUUGUAACACGUAAAUACUUUUAAAUUAUUAUCUGUAAAAUUAUUAAAACUAUUAUUAUCUAUAAAAUGAAACAAUUAUUUAAGACAACUUAAUGGAAUUAAAAGUGAAUCGAGCUACUGGCCAUCGGACAAUUGUAAACUCUCCCGAGUAAACCUUCAUUUGUAUAUUAUAAUUGUAUCAAUAUAAUUUAAUGUUUAUAAUAAUAUGAAAAUAUAAAUUUAAAAAAAUUUAAAGUACAAAAAUUAUUGAAAAUAACAAUGUAAAUAAAUGUCUAAUUAUAGCUAAAAACUAUAAUUAUUACAAUCGAAAUCGAAAUAAAAUAAAAAUCAGUAUUUAAAUAGACUAUUCGAGAGAAUUUACCAUCGCCUCGGCCAUACAAUAGUACAAAAUUAAAUGUUGACUAUAAAAAUAUUAAGUUAUUUCAAAUAAAUAGAUAGGUACCGAAAAAAAAAUACAAUCUGUAAUACAUGGAAAUUUGAAUUAAAUAAAAUAAAAAAAUUAAAAGCUCAAAAUACCUCAAAAAAUAUGUUCAAAAUAUAAGUAUAAUUAAAAAAUAAAGUGUUGUAUAUUUAUCAAACAUACAGUACAAGUUUAAUUUUCAUCUCAUAACUAUUGUCUAUUAAUAUAUAAAAUUAAAAUAAAAUAUAACUAAUGCCUAUAUGUACAACAUUUGAACAAUACAAUGUACACCUGUACUUUUUUUUUUAAAUAUCUUUUUGCUUAUAUACAAGUAAUAUUAUGGUGUU